AUGAAAGAAAUAAUAAUUAUAAAAAGAAAAGAAAAAGAAAAAGAAAAAGAAAAAGAAAAAGAGAAAAAGAAAGAUAAAGAAAUAAAAAAAGAAAUAAAAAAAGAAGAAGAAGAACAACAGAUUUUUAAAAGAAAAAGACAUGAAACUGAUUUAAAUGAAGAUGAUGAAUCUGAAGAUUAA